UGUUGUCGCAGCUGUUUGCUGCUAACUUUACAUUUGUCAAGAUAAUCGUAGAAUUUGUUUACAGACUACUUUGUCUAUUGCAAAUUAUAUUUCUUAAUUGCGUUAAAACACAUUUAUCAAAAUGGAAAGGCCACAAAAAAUGCCCAAAGUAGCCAAGGUGAAAAAUAAAGCCCCAGCAGAGAUCCAGAUUACUGCUGAGCAAUUGCUCCGUGAAGCUAAAGAACGUGAUCUGGAAAUUCUACCACCACCUCCCAAACAAAAGAUAUCUGAUCCAGCAGAAUUAGCAGACUACCAGCAACGCAAACGUAAAGUGUUUGAGGAUAAUCUUCGUAAAAAUCGCAUGGUAGUAAGUCACUGGAUUAAAUAUGCACAAUGGGAGGAGUCACAAAAGGAAAUACAGCGGGCACGUUCAAUAUGGGAAAGAGCACUGGAUAAUGAACACCGGAAUAUUACUAUAUGGCUAAAGUAUGCCGAAAUGGAGAUGAAGAAUAAACAAGUAAAUCAUGCGCGCAAUUUAUGGGAUCGGGCUGUUACAAUCAUGCCGCGUGUUAAUCAAUUUUGGUAUAAGUAUACGUAUAUGGAAGAAAUGUUGGAUAAUGUCGCGGGGGCACGUCAAGUGUUCGAGCGUUGGAUGGAGUGGCAGCCCGAAGAACAAGCAUGGCAAACCUAUGUUAACUUUGAGUUGCGUUACAAAGAAAUCGAUCGUGCGCGAGAAAUCUACGAACGAUUCGUGUAUGUUCAUCCCGAUGUUAAGAACUGGAUUAAAUUUGCGCGUUUCGAAGAAUCCCAUGGAUUUGUACAUGGUGCACGUCGUGUUUUCGAACGAGCGGUUGAAUUCUUUGGCGAUGAUUAUAUUGAUGAACGGCUAUUCAUUGCAUUUGCACGUUUUGAAGAAGGUCAAAAAGAACAUGAUAGGGCGCGUGUGAUUUACAAAUAUGCAUUGGAUCAUCUAUCGAAAGAUCGAACACAGGAACUUUAUAAAGCUUAUACAAUUCAUGAGAAAAAAUACGGCGACAGGGCUGGUAUUGAAGAUGUUAUUGUCUCAAAGCGCAAAUUCCAAUAUGAACAAGAGGUAGCAGCGAAUCCACAAAAUUAUGAUGCUUGGUUUGACUACUUGCGACUAAUUGAAGGUGAUGGCGAUGUCGAUCUUAUACGCGAAACAUACGAACGUGCUAUUUCCAACGUUCCACCUGCUAAUGAGAAAAAUUAUUGGCGUCGUUACAUUUACUUAUGGAUAAAUUAUGCACUCUACGAAGAACUUGAAGCGGAAGAUUUGGAACGCACCCGACAAAUAUAUAAGACAUGUCUGGAACUUAUACCUCACAAAAAAUUUACAUUUAGUAAAAUAUGGCUAAUGUAUGCACAAUUUGAAAUUCGUUGUAAAGAGUUACAAAAGGCGCGGAAGACUUUGGGAAUGGCGAUCGGCAUAUGUCCGCGCGAUAAACUGUUCCGUGGAUACAUAGAAAUAGAAAUACAGUUGCGUGAAUUUGACCGUUGUCGAUUGCUUUAUGAAAAAUUUCUGGAGUUUGGCCCCGAAAAUUGUGUGACAUGGAUGAAGUUUGCUGAGCUUGAAAACUUGCUUGGUGAUACCGAACGAGCACGUGCAAUUUUCGAACUUGCAGUUCAGCAACCGCGUCUUGACAUGCCAGAACUGUUAUGGAAAGCUUACAUAGACUUCGAAGUGUCACAGGGUGAAACGGAAUUGGCACGUCAACUCUACGAACGACUGUUAGAACGUACCCAUCACGUUAAAGUUUGGAUGUCAUACGCAAAAUUCGAAUUAUUACAACAUGAUUCCGAACUCGCAGAUGAUCCUGAAAUAAAUAUAAAAUUAUCGAGACGCGUUUAUGAACGUGCUAACGAUACGCUACGUAAUGCCAGUGACAAGGAGUCCCGCGUGUUGUUGCUGGAAGCAUGGCGCGAUUUUGAACGAGAAUCGGGCGACAAUCACACAUUAAACAAGGUGAUGGAGAAAAUGCCACGUCGUGUUAAGAAACGACAGAAGAUUGUGUCAGAGAGUGGUGUGGAAGAAGGUUGGGAAGAAGUGUUUGACUACAUCUUUCCUGAAGAUGAAAUGGCGCGUCCUAAUUUGAAACUGCUUGCUGCCGCCAAAAUGUGGAAGAAACAAAAGGAAUCUAUUAAUACCGAACUAUCCGCAAGUGAUUUGAGUGAUGAUAUAAACGCAGAAAAAGAUAGAUCUGAGAGUUUGACAUAACUAAAGAAAUAAAUAAAUGUACUUGUAGAUUGCGACGUUAAAUAAACAAAAGAUAUGAUUGCUUUGCUAAUAUUUUUUAAGAGAAAUUAAAUGCGUUUCACUAUUUUCUAAAUACCUAAAUAGCUGCCACUUUAUUGACGGAUUUGCAUCGGUUUUUAUACGCCGAAGGCCUCUAGAAAGAACAUACAAGUUUGUGUCCUUUUAUAUAAAUUUUACUUAUAGCAGUGAGGUCAAUAGUAUUAUACUGUGUGAUUGUACCUUCAAAGUGAACUUGGCCUAAUAUUUUUAGAGACAAAAGUAACUUAUCUGUAAUAAGCAGUCGACUUGUUUAAAAUAUAUACUUACCUAUAGCCAGACUAAUUAGAUAAAUGAAAUGUAUAAUUCAGUUUUAUGAUUUUAUUUAAGUGUUUAUGCUGAAAUAGACAUUUAUUACAACUACAUACGUAAAUAAUUAUAAAUAUAUAUAUUAUGUGUCAUUCGGUUUCUGUUGAAACUUCAUUGGGUUAUCAUUGUUGAAUUAUCCUAUUCUACAGAUGUCUGUGGUAAUGACGCGUGAGCGACUCUCAAACAGGUAACCGGCUGUUUAUUGUUGUUACAACAAAAAACAAACGGUCGAUCGUUCAAACGUCAUAUACCACAAACUGCAAUUUAAUACAAGACAAACAAAUAUCGCCGUUUACACACGUCCGCAUCUGCUCGGAUAAGUUCAACGCACAUUCUUUUUAUUCAUAAUGAAGUAUUGUUAAAUUUAUGACGAUUAUGCCAAUUAAUCGUGUUAAUUUUUUCUUUUCAAAUACAUUUCUACAAAAUUUUUUAUUAUUUAUCAAAAUUGCUCUAAAGUAAUGAUUUUCAUAUACAAUUGUAUAUACAGAAAUUAAUUGUAAAGCAAAUACAUGAAAUGUUUUAUUUUAGUUACUCAUAGAUACAAUAUAAUUGUUAUUUCGACAAUCUACUGAUAUGCUGAACUUAUAUUAUAUAGACUAUAAGAAUGAACUUUAAAAGUUUGAAAAAUACAAUUUUUUGAGAAUGGUGAAAAAUGAUUUUAAAUAUUGUGUUACUAAAUACAAUUGCACACACUAAUAUGGUAAGCAUGAAUUUUAUUUUUAGGAGUUUAACGCAAAGUAGACAACAAAUAAUAGUCAUCUAAUUAUCGUGUGCACAAAUUGGAUUCAUAAAUUAUUUUGGUUUAGCUUAAUUUGGUAGUUUUGUUUUAAUCAACUUUAAAUAUUUUCAAAAUUAUUAACAGUUACAUAACUUGUGUUUAGCAAAGUUGCUUGAUAUAGAAAUCAUUUAAACAUUUGGUUAGACUCUAAUUUUGUAUAUUAAUUUAAACAGCAUAAACGUGCUUACAAGUUUUUAUUAUUUUUAAUAUUUUCUCUUAACAAAUUCUAGUUACACACUAGGUCUGGACAGUUCACAUAAACCAUUUUGUUUGAUUUUUAUUUUUUGAUUUAAGUGUGCGACCUUUUAAUUGCAUUCUACCAAUGUUAAAUAAUCAGAUUGCUAUUUAAAGAUAAAUUUAAUUUGUUUCAUUUGCAAAUUUUUGAAUGAAA